CGCGCGGGGCAGCUGGGCCGCGGCGUCUUUGGGCCUAGGCCGGCGGCAGCGAUGGCCUCGGCCACCGUGGAGAGCUUCGUGGCCAAACAGUUGGACCUGCUGGAGCUCGAGAGAGACGCCGAGGUCGAGGAGCGCAGGUCCUGGCAGGAGCACAUCUCCCUGAAAGAGCUGCAGAGCCGUGGGGUGUGUCUGCUGAAGCUGCAGGUGUCCAGCCAGAGGACCGGGCUGUACGGACGGCUGCUGGUCACCUUGGAGCCCCGGAGAUGUGCAGCAGCGACCCUGCUUCCCAGCAACAGCUUUACCCCCGGUGACAUAGUGGGCCUGUAUGAGGCGAACGAGGGCGGGCAGCUGGCCACCGGGAUCCUGACCCGGAUCACCCAGAAAUCGGUCACGGUGGCCUUCGACGAGACCCGGGACGUCCAGCUGAGCUCGGACCGAGAGAAUUCCUACCGACUGGUGAAACUUGCGAACGACGUCACUUACAAGCGUCUGAAAAGAGCCCUCGUCGCCCUCAGGAAGCACCAUUCUGGCCCCGCCUCCCCGCUGAUCGAGGUCCUCUUCGGGGGAUCGGCCCCCAGCCCGGCCAGGGACACUGGCCCCCUGACCUUCGCGAACACGUCCCUGGAUGCCUCCCAGCAGGAAGCAGUUUCCUUUGCGCUGUCCCAGAAAGAGCUGGCCAUCAUCCACGGCCCCCCCGGCACCGGGAAGACCACGACGGUGGUGGAGGUCAUCCAGCAGGUGGUGAAGCAGGGCCUCAAGGUUCUGUGCUGUGCACCCUCCAAUGUGGCCGUGGACAACCUGGUGGAGCGGCUGGCACGGAGCAAGCUGAGGCUCCUGCGCCUGGGCCACCCUGCCCGCCUGCUCGAGUCCACCCAGCAGCACUCGCUGGACGCUGUCCUGGCGCGGGGCGAUGGCGCCCGCAUCGUGGCUGACAUCAGGAAGGACAUCGACCAGGCCUUGGCGAGGAGCAGGAAGACCCAGGAUAAGGGGGAGAGAAGCAGCUUUCGAGAUGAAGUCCGGCAGCUGAGGAAGGAGCUGAAGGAGCGGGAGGAGGCGGCGACGCUGGAGAGCCUCCGCUCGGCCGACGUGGUCCUGGCCACCAACACAGGUGCGUCCCCGGACGGCCCCCUGAAGCUGCUGCCCGACGGCGCCUUCGACGUGGUGGUCAUUGACGAGUGUGGGCAGGCGCUGGAGGCCAGCUGCUGGAUCCCCCUGCUGAAGGCGGGGAAGUGCAUCCUGGCGGGUGACCACAAGCAGCUGCCCCCCACUAUUACCUCCCACAAGGCUGCGCAGGCGGGGCUGGCGCUCAGCCUGAUGGAGCGGCUGGCGGAGGAGCGGGGCCCCGGCGUGGUGUGCACGCUGACCGUGCAGUACCGCAUGCACCGCGCCAUCAUGCAGUGGGCCUCGGAGGCGCUGUACGGCGGGCAGCUCACAGCCCACCCUUCCGUGGCGGAGCACCUCCUGCGGGACCUCCCAGGAGUGGCUGACACGGAGGAGACGGGCACGCCCCUGCUGCUGGUGGACACGGCUGGCUGCGGGCUGUUCGAGAUGGACCAGGAGGACGAGCAGUCUAAGGGGAACCUUGGUGAAGUGCGCCUGGUCAGCCUGCAUGUCCAGGCCCUGGUGGACGCUGGGGUCCCGGCAAGGGACGUGGCCAUCAUCACGCCGUACAACCUCCAGGUGGACCUGCUCCGGCAGAGCCUCAGUCACAAGCACCCCGAGCUUGAGAUCAAGUCCGUUGAUGGCUUCCAAGGCCGAGAGAAGGAGGCCGUGAUUCUGUCCUUCGUCAGGUCCAACAGGAAAGGGGAGGUUGGCUUCCUGGCCGAGGACCGGCGCAUCAACGUGGCCGUGACCCGCGCUCGGCGCCACGUGGCCGUCGUCUGCGACUCCCGCACGGUGGGCAGCCACGCCUUCCUGAGGACCCUGCUGGACUACGUCGCGGAGCACGGCGAGGUGCGCACCGCCUUCGAGUACCUGGACGACCUCGUCCCGGAGAACUAUUCCCACGAGAGCACCCCGGGCCCCGGCCGAGCAGGCGCGAAGCCCGCGGGGCCCUCGAUGGCCAGGAAGCCCGCGGGCGGGCGGCGGCAGGCGGCCCCGGAGGCCCGAGCAGCUGCCAGGCCGGCCCAGGGGCGACCAGGCGGCAAGCAGCCCGGCCCGGAGGUCCCGCCGCAGCCUGGGCCCGGGGGCGCGGAGAGCAGCAGCGGCGGCGCAGCCCACUUCCGGGCCGUGCUGGAGGAGUUUGUGGGGAGCACGCGCGCGCAGCUGGAGUUCCCCGCGUCCCUGAGCGCCCGCGACAGGAUGCUGGUGCACCAGGCGGCCGAGGAGCUGGGGCUGCGGCACGACAGCGCCGGGGAGGGCAAGAGGAGGUUCAUCACCGUGACCAAGAGGGCCCCGGCCGCCCCGCCGCCCCCCGGCCCCGGCAGAGCCUCCCUCCCUCCCGCAGCCUCCAGCCUCUCCGCCAGCGAGCCCCCGCCCAGGGAGCCCCGCGGCCCGGAGCAGCCGGACCUGAAGGCCCCGCACCUGGAGCGGCUGCCGAGGGCCGGUGGCCAGCAGGAGCCUGCAGCCGAGAGGGCACUGCACGCCGCAGCCUCAGGGCCGCGCAAGGUGCCCGACAGGAAGAAGAAACGAGAAGUGAAAGGGCCGGCGCUCCUGGACCUGCCCGCCGAGGAGGACUUCGACGCCCUGGUCUCGGCCGCCGUGAAGGCGGAUAACACCUGCGGCUUUGCUAAGUGCUCGGCCAGCGUGGCCACCCUGGGCCAGCUCUGCCCGCACUGCGGCCGCCGCUACUGCCUCAGCCACCACCUGCCCGAGGUCCACGGCUGCGGGGAGAAGGCGCGUGCCCACGCCCGGCAGAGGCUCAGCCGGGAAGGAGUCCUCUACCCGGGUAGCGGCACCAAGGACCGGUCCCUGGACCCAGCCAAGCGGGCCCAGCUGCAGAGGAGGCUGGAUAAAAAGCUGGACGAACUGACCAGCCAGAGGAAGAGCAGACGGAAGGACAGGGAGAAGUGAGGGCCCGGGCCCCUGAGGACAGUGUGGCGGGCAGGCGGCCCACGGCCUCGCCGAGAGGGUCCUGUCCGCCGAGCCACCCCCCGUGACAGUGGACCCCAGCCCCGGCCCCCGCGGGGUGCUGCCGGUGCCGGGAGCCCUGUGUGCCCCGUCCCUGGAGACACGCCUGCGCACAGACUCCAUCGGGGGACCCCCCCACCCGGGCUGCCCGCUCUCAGCCCAUGGGGGCGGUGGCUCCCCACGGCCUCGGUCCUUCUGUCUCUUCCCGGGUGCUGCAGGGGCCGCCUGCUCCCAUGAGGCCCCGGGGCUCCUGGUGGUCCCAGCCCGUCCUGCACUGGGUCCUGGGCAGGUCCGGGGAGCUGUCCCCAUGUCCCGGGGACUGCGUGGCUACACCUCCCUCCGGCUGACCUCUGCCGCGGACCUUGCGUGAGAAAACCUUAGAGGAUGUGCCGUUUCGGCCUCGGGAUCGACUUGUGUAAAGGGAUAAAAUCUUUAAAAACCAAUUGAAAGUUUGCACACAGCCCGCAGCGAGUAGUUCCGUGUCUGAAGCGCGUUUUCUCCCUUCGUGACGGUGCCACCUUCCCCGGC